AUGUUGCGGUACUAUGCAGCAAGCUCUCGCCUAGCACUGCUGGCUGGUGUGGUAAACGCGGGCACGAGCGUACUGUGCCAGUACCCCCGCUGGAGUAGUAGCAACAGCAGCAGCAGUACCUGCACCAAUAAUGGGACAACCAGUAGCAGCACCGGGUUUAGCUCCGAGCAAAACCCGCACCACGCGCCGGGUGACGGUGCUGAGAAAACAAACGAGUCGGUGUUUGUGAAGGAUGCCGUCAGUAACUCCUCCGCCACCAGCGAAAUCCAGAAGCGCCACAGGGGCUUCAUCGAGCCUUCUGACGACGUCGUCAUGGAGACGGCACGCAAGGCGCUCGCCCGGGAAGGACGGGACGAAAUUCCUGAGGCGAUCGUGUGGAACUGGGAGACGACGGCGCCGCCCAUCCUAGCCAGAGGAAAGCAGAACAUCUACGACUUCACCGACGACAUCCCGCAGCACGUGAAGCCGUUCUGGUAUCACGAGUACUACCAGCAACGCGAGUACUUUCAGCUGCAGCGUCAGAAGCGGCCCCUGAAAGAGCGCAUGAAGAUGUGGGCUGGCGUACUGACAGCUAUGGCAGCCGCCGGGGCAGCGCUUACAUUCUUCCGCGUGUGGGUAGAGCAGCCACGCGAGAUUCGCCAGCUGCGUGAAGAGCUACUGCAGCACACGUACGGGCGUGUUCUCGAGCUAGCGGCCGGGCACGGGCAGAACAUCGGCGCCUAUCCGUACGCAGUGCACGAGGUAGUGCUGACGGACUCCAACCCGCAGCAGCUGCAGGCGAUGCGCUACCGCAUCCCCCACACCGCGUACCCCAAGUAUGAUGUGAAGCGCGUGCGCUCGGAGAGCCUGGACAUAUUCAAGGACAACGAGUUUGACUGUGUUGUGGACAUGUUCGGCCUCUGUCAUCUGAGAGACCCUGUCAUGACGCUGCGUCAGAUGCAGCGCGUCGUAAAGCCGAGUGGGAUGAUAUUGCUGCUGGAGCACGGCGCGAGUCCCUACCCCCCGGUAAACUGGUUUCUCGAUUACUUCGCGCAGCAGCACAAAGUCAACACGCACGGUUGCAAGUGGAACUCCCCGAUCCGGCAGUACCUGCAGGAGUCACGGCUGGAGGUGAAGGAAAUCCGCAACAUGCACUAUGGCACCACCUACUAUGUUGUGGCUUACCCAGAAGUGCUGGAGGCCUACAAGGACCAUGAGACAGAGGUGGAGCAGGUGAGCAAGAGGGACAAAUCCAAGUAA